AUGCCGUUCGCACAACUAGUAAUAGGCCCGCCAGGUUCCGGAAAGUCGACCUACUGUGAUGGCAUGCAACAGUUCAUGGACGCCAUUGAACGCAAAUGCUCAGUCGUCAACCUUGACCCCGCGAACGACCACACCUCGUACCAGCCAGCCGUCGACGUCCGGGACCUAGUUACCAUUGACGAGAUCAUGGAACAAGAGUCUCUGGGUCCAAAUGGUGGCGUUUUGUUUGCCCUGGAGGAGCUGGAGCAUAACUUCGACUGGCUAGAAGAGGGCUUGAAGGAACUCGGAGAUGAUUACAUUUUGUUCGAUUGUCCAGGACAGGUCGAGCUGUUCACACAUCACGGAUCUCUGCGGAACAUCUUCUUCCGGCUACAAAAACUCGGGUAUCGACUCGUCGUCGUACACUUGACGGAUUCGAUAGUCCUUUCCCGACCAUCGCUGUAUGUCUCGUCUUUACUCCUCGCGUUGCGCAGCAUGCUGCAGAUGGACCUUCCCCACCUGAACGUUCUGACCAAGAUCGACAACUUGCGCAACUAUCCCAACCUACCCUUCAACCUUGAUUUCUACACAGAAGUCCAAGACCUACAAUACCUACUACCGCACCUAAACCGCGAGCAGACGUCCGGCAUACCAGGUCCUACAACAGCUGGCGCAAACGAAACCAUGGACAUGGAUGAUGACGAACCGACUUCAAAGUUUUCUGCGCUUAACAAGGCGAUUGUGGAACUCGUUGAGGAAUUUGCACUUGUGGGCUUUGAGACACUGGCAGUCGAGGACAAGAAGAGUAUGAUGACACUCCUGCGGGCCAUUGAUCGAGCGGGAGGUUUUGCAAUGGGCGGUAUCGAGGGCGCAAAUGAUACUGUUUGGCAGAUGGCUAUGCGUGAAAAUGGGGCAACCAUAGACGCUCGCGACGUGCAAGAGAGGUGGCUGGACAGGCGAGACGAGUUGGACGAGGAGGAGAGGAAGGCAUGGGAGGAAGAGACCAAAGAGAUGCGAGACCCUCCACCCCAACACGCUCCACAAGCGCCGCCAAAAACGAAACCGUCGAAUGAACCCAAGGGCGGAGAUAGCGACGACGACAUGGACGAUUUGGAGGAGAUGCGGCAGUUCAUGGAAAAGAACAAGGGCAGUGGCAUCAACAUUGUCAGAAAGUGA